AUGUUUUUGAAGACUUCUAUUGAAAAACUCUUGCACGAGAGUUCCAUCCACAAAAAGCACAAUGCGGAGCUGAAAAAGGCUUGUGAGAAUGCGUUGGGUAAGUUGUUUUGGUUGAUUUUGGUGUUGAAUUUUAGGCAAGUCUUUGGAGAAGCUGUAGAAAGUAAUGUCGUUGCUUUUGAAAUUGUUAGAGGUCUUGUUUGAGUGAUUUUCCCGCAAUAAUAUAAGGUUUUUGCAGAACAACUGAAACGAGAGGCAGAACAGAACGAUAACAAUAACAAGGGUGCGGUUCUACCUUCACAUCAUGGCUACGUGUUUGCUGAUCCGUAUUUCUUGCCGUUGGAUUUGGCAUGUCGUUCCACGACGCCGAAAAUUGCUGCGAUAGCUUUGGACUGCAUCCAGGUAAGAUAAUAUUGAGAUUUUUAUGUCAUCCUUCAAACUCAAGCUAAAAAACUUAUUAUUUAUAGCAAGAAAAGUUGAAAUAAAUGUUUAUGAAUGUUAUUUAUCUAUUUGUCUUUAGAAACUAGUAACUUAUGGCCAUUUGGUUGGAAACACCCCAGAUCCAGCCGACCCAAACAAGAUGUUGAUUGACAGGAUUGUUGAAGCUGUUUGUACUCCGUUUGAUGGGCCCAAUACAGAUGAAAAUGUGGAGUUACAGAUAAUAAAGGUGUGGUUUUUAUGUUUUUUAUUUUUUUUUGUUUUUAGGUUAACAAGCGGAGACUUUUAUAUUGUUUUAGAUCAGCUUGAUGGAACUUUCGAUUUUUUUUUGUUAUUUUUGAGCUUUUAUUGAAAUUUUUAGUCUGUAACAGGUGGAUUAUGUUUUUUGAUGAAAAUGAAGUUUGAUAUUCACUUAUUGUUAUGAUUUUAGGAAUAAAGGCAUCAAAAAUCAAAGUUUUAGUAAAAAAAUUCAUUUUUCAUAUAAAAUCGAUAUUUUUAGGCAAUUCUUGCGAUGGUACUAAGCAGUAACACUCAAGUACAUGAAGGCGCGUUAUUAACCUGCGUUCGAACAUGCUUUAACAUCUGUCUAGCCACCAGAAAUGCGACCAACUGCUCCACGGCCCGAGCAACAUUAACUCAAAUUGUAACUCGAGUUUUGGAAAAGAUGGAAGAGAAUGAAUAUGACGGUGAAUUUGCGGUAGAGUCUGAUGAUAAUGUUGUAAAAUCAGUGUUGGAUCAGAUUGUAAGUGAUGUCGUACAUAACGAAGAGCAUUGUGAUGAAAGAUCAUUGAAAAGUAACGAAGAAUAUACGAAUAGCAAUACCACAGUAAACGAUCAGUUAGUUCUGAAGACGAUAGAGGAACGAGAUGCUUUUUUUACAUUCAGAGCCAUGUGUUUGUUAAGUGAAAAAGGCGCGAAAUCGGCCGAAAUCCAAAGCCAUCAACUCAACAGUCUUCAUCUCAGUUUAGACAUGAUAUUGUUGAUGCUACAGAAGAGUAAAAUUACAUUUCCGGACAAACAUAGCUUUGUCUAUGUGCUGAGAUACAAUUUGUGUCCAGCUUUGUCCAAAACCGCUAGUUCUAGUGUAAUAUCGGUGUUUGAGAAGAGUUUGGCCAUUGUAGUGGAGCUGAUCAACAAGUUCAGAGCUCAUUUGAAGCCACAAAUUGAGGUAAGCAGAGGAUGUAGAUUAGAAAUGGCGAAGAUUUGCUUUCUUCGGCUAAAAAUUGCAAAAACUUUGUUUACAGAAUGAAAAAUGGAAAAAACUUUCUUUACAAAUUAAAAAAUUGCAAUAACUUUCUUUACAAGUCAAAAAAUGGCAAAACUUUCUUUACAAAGUGCAAAAUAGCGAGAACUUUCUUUACAAAGUUAUAAAGAGCAAGAACUUUCGUUACAAAUCAAAAAAAUGGAAAGUACUUUCUUUACAGAGCAAAAAAUGAUCAAAAAUGUGCUGGACUAAAACUUUUUAAAAUUUUUAGGUAUUCUUCACAACCGUAAUCCUCCAUUUCCUCGAAUCCAACACCUCCGACUUUGAACACAAAUGGAUAUCCUUAAAUACAGUAUCCAAGAUAUGUGACGACCCACAAAGUGUAGUAGAUAUAUAUGUCAACUAUGACUGCGCAAUGACUUCAGUCAAUGUAUUUCAACAACUGGUCGAGCAACUCUCCAAGCUAACCAAAAGCACCGCCCUAAUGCAACACACCACCCAGAGUGCGAAGGAAAAGGAGAAGUACAUCCGAGAGCUGUCGUUGGUAUGUCUGGUCAAGAUACUACGAUGUCUGGUCGGUUGGUACGAGAACAUGUACAAAGAGGAGGACAGUCAAAGUCGAAUCGAUGAGAACCCGGACGAUCUAUCGGCCAAUAACAGCUCAACCGCAUUGUCACAGUUCGAACAGAGGAAACAGCAAAAGAGCAUACUGGAACAUGGAUUGGACUUGUAAGUGGAGAUUCGAUAUUGAUAUUAUGUUAGGCUUGAAAGUGUAAUUAGUACAGAAGUCGAUAGGGUGAGGAUAGGAAAAGGAUUAAGGGUAGGAGUAGGGAUAGGGGUAAAAAUGGGGAUAGGAUGGGACAGGAAUAGGGGUAAGGGUGGGAUUAGGCAUACUACCCCUACUCCGGUCCUGACGCUAUUCCUACUAGGGUGGGAGUAGGAAUAGCGCCAGGACCGGAGUAGGGGUAGUAGAUGGAGCUUGGGUUGGAAGGAGCAGAACAUGAUGUAAUGUUAGGUUCAGUAUCAGAGGUGAUUUAGGCUUUAAAACUUUUAAACUUUCUUUACGGAACAGAAAAAUGAAAACUUUCUUAAAAGGUGAAAUGGCAAAAAUUUUCUUUACAAGUUACAAAAUUGCAAUAACUUUCUUUACAGAUUACAAAAUGGCAAAAACUUUGUUUACAAGACAAAAAACAGAAAUAAUAUACUUUACAGAGCUAAAAAUGGCAAGAACUUUCGUUGCAAAGCAAAAAAUGGCAAAAACUUUCUUUACAAAUCAUAAAAUAGCAAUAACUUUCUUUACAGAGUAAAAAAUGGCGAGAACUUCCUUUACAGAGCACAAAAUGGCAAGGACUUUUAUUGUGAACAAAAUGUGAAUUAAUAUUUUCCUGAUUUCAGAUUCGCGGCUAAGCCCAAAAAAGGUCUGGAAUACUUUAUUUCGAAGGGAAUAAUAGAGAACUCACCCACCUCGAUUGCCAACUUCUUUUUCACCGAAGAGCGAUUGAGCAAAGAAACGAUCGGUGAUUACCUGGGCGAGAGGGAUCAGUUCAAUCAGGAUGUCAUGAUGGCCUACGUCGACAUGUUCAGCUUCUCUAACCAAAGCGUGGUCGAUGCCCUAAGGCGCUUCUUGGAGAAGUUCCGAAUUCCAGGCGAAGCGCAGAAAGUCGACCGGCUGAUGGAGAAAUUCGCUUCGAGAUACAUCGAGUGCAAUGAAAGGUAGGGUAAUAUAACAUAAAGUUUUGAAUUUGGGGGAGGUCGAGACCAAAAAAGGCAAGAAAUUUGUUUACAAAGCAAAAAAUGGCAAUAACUUUCUUUACAGACCAAAAAUGGCAAUAACUUUAUUUACAGAACAAAAAAUGGCAACAACUUUCUUUACAGACCAAAAAUGGCAAUAACUUUUUUUACAGAGAAAAAAUGGCAAUAAAUUUCUUUACAAGGCGAAAAAUUUUUUUAAAAGUUUUUUAAAAUUUUUAAAACUGAACUUUGCGUCAACACGAUCGAUAUUGUUUUAGUGCCCAAUCCUACGCAUCGGCCGACACAAUUUACGUUUUGUCCUACUCGAUUGUCAUGCUCACCACCGACCUCCACAACAAACAGGUCAAAAAGAAGAUGACAAAAGAGGAAUACAUAAAGAACAUCCGAGCCCUGAACUACACCAACGACCUAUCAGACGACUUUAUCAUCAAGAUAUACGAAGAUAUUAGCAAACAAGGCAUCAAAUUAAAAGCCGAAAAGACCAAGUGGAAGGUCGACACCACCAACGCCACCUACCGUCAACUGAAGCUGAUUCAGAAGAGCGAGUUUGAACUGAUCGCACACAAUGCCCACUCCCUCAUGGAAGCCGCUACCUCAGCUCAAACGGAAUACACAAGUGCUACACAUUUGGAGCACGUCCGACCAAUCUUCGAAGUCAUCUGGCAGCCAUGCUACGCGGCCUUCAGCAUCGGCCUUCAGUCCAGCGACGAAAUGGACAUCUGGAGCCGAUGCCUUGACGGAUUCAGAUACUCCAUCCGUGUAUCGUGCGUCUUCAGAAUGAAAAACGAACGAAACGUGUUCGUAGACGCCUUGAAGAAGUUCACAAAACUGGCCACAAAGAAUCUGAGUGAUAUGAAGGCGAAGAACGUCGAGGCCAUCAAGUUGUUGAUCACGGUGGGAGACGAGAACGGAGACUUUUUGGACGAACGAUGGCUUGAUGUGCUGGAUUGUAUCAGUCAAUUGGAGAUUGCACAACAAUUGGGAAGUGGAAAGAAUCCAGAAGACCUGAGAAGAGCACUGAAUGUGACUGAUAAGAGCUUAGGAACGUUGCAAGAAUACCUAGACGAAACGCAAGGACAAAGUGUGGAAGUGGCGGUGGAUAAGUAAGGUUUUGAAGGCUAUGGGGAUAAGCGUUGGUUGGGGAGAAAGGGUGGGAGGGGUAGGGUAUUGAGUUUGGGGUAGAAGGGGAAGGUAGGGUAUUGAGUAGCGGGGAGGGGUAAGGUAAAUGAAGUUUGGGGAAGGGGGAGGGGUAGAUUAUUGAAAAUGAGGAAGAGUGGGAGGGGUAAAGGAUUGAGCUAUGGAAGCAAGGAAGGGUAUGUCAUAUAAGUUUGGGAGGAGUAGGGCUGUUACAAAAAAAAAGGGGGGGGCUGGGUGAUUGAGAUUUUGAAAAAGUAAAACCAGGAGUCGUUAGCGCUGGGUAGUUAUAAGAAGGGGGAUUUUAAUAAAAAAAAGGGCGGAGUGAUUGAAUUUUCUUGAAUUGUAUCUUCCUUUCUCUAUCUUACCCUAUCUUACUCUGUUCUACACUUCCCUAUUCUGCUAUCUUCUACCUGACCCUAUCCUACCACGUUACCCUAUCUUAUUGUACCCUAGCAUUGCUAUUUAUAUUAUAGCUUUGAGCGAAAAAUGAACUAUUUAAGUAUUUGAUUUUAAGGUAGAAAACUUGACUUUAUUUUCAGAAUCUUCCAAAACUCGUCCAAACUGACAGGCGAAGCCAUUGUUCAUUUCGUCGACGCCCUAUGCAAAGUAUCACGCAACGAGCUAGCCAUCCCAGGCGCUCCACGCAUGUACAUGCUCCAGAAAAUCGUGGAAAUCUCCUUCUACAACAUGAACCGAAUUCGUAUCGAAUGGUCGGUAAUCUGGAAAAAGCUGGGCGAACUCUUCAACACAGCUGGCGGUUCAUCGAACGAAACCAUCUCCUACUUUGCACUAGAUGCCCUAAAGCAAUUGUCUUCGAAAUUCCUGGAAAAAGGCGAACUACCCAACUUCAGCUUCCAAAAAGAGUUCCUGAGACCGUUCGAACUGAUCAUGGAACGAUCACAAAGCCAAUCCCGGAGAGAGUUCAUCAUUCAGUGCAUUGGUAACAUGGUCAAGUCACAUUCGAACCGAAUAAGAUCGGGCUGGAAAAACAUAUUUUCGGUUUGUGCCAUAGCUGCAUUGGACCAACGGGCUGAGAUUGUGGAGUCGGCUUUCAAAAUCACUUCGGAUAUUGUCAGUAAGUGGAGGGUUUGAUGACUUUGUUUGGGAUUAGUGAUUGUUAAGCAGGAUCGGUCAUUGGAGAGGAGGAAGAAAGUUUUUUUUGAGAGAGGGGAUGAUGGGAGGGGUAGGGUGGAUAAAAAUUUUUUUUUCUUAGUUUGAUUACAUGUUAUUUAUACAAAGUUUCUUUCGAAAUUAAAAAAAUGUUUUGGGCAUGGAUUUUUAAUGGGGGGGGGGUAAAAAAAAUUUCUUAGCUCAAGGUGUUAGCAGUUGAUGUAUGUAAUUAUUUAUUUUUUAAAAAUUUUGGAGGGCGGGGUAAUUUUCCUGGGGGAGGGGGGGGGGUAAAAAAAUUUUUUUUGAAACACAGGUGGGAUUUACUAAUGCAUUUUUUACAUUUUAGACAUUUAAUUUAUUCUGCAGUAACGCUAAAAAAAUUUACUCUAGCUCUGUCGUAGCCCUACCUUACUCAAAAGGUUACUCUAGCCCUGUAAUUACCCUACAUUACUCAAUAGGUUUACCCUAGUCUUAUCAUAGUCCUACCUUACUCGGAAAGCUUAUUCUAGCCCUAUCAUAGUCAUACCUUACUCAAAUUAUUAUUUUCCAGAUAACGUCUUCCCAGACCAUUUCGUCGAGCUCCUGGACUCAUUCCAAGAAGCCAUCAAGUGUUUGUCCGAGUUCGCCGGCAACACAGACUUUGCCGACACUUCUAUGGAAGCCAUAGCCCUAAUUCGAAGUGCAGCAACUCUCGUCUACAACAACAGCGAACUCAUCAACACCCACGCCAGCGAAGACGAUGCAGCAUUGGAACAGUCGACUCAGAAAGUGUGGAUGAAAGGCUGGCUGCCAAUUAUUUUUGAACUGUCAAGAGUGAUUAACCGCUGCAAAUUGGAUGUGAGGACGAGGAGCUUGACUGUCAUGUUUGAAAUUGUCAAAACAUACGGAGCGGACUUCAGACUGGACUGGUGGACCGACUUGUUUCAUAUCGUCUUCAGGAUAUUCGACUUUGAUAAACUGAAUCAACUGGGUCCGGAGGUAGGGAAUCGAUUUUUCAUUGUGUGUAUCUGCUCCUCCUAUCCGGGGGGGGUGAAUGGGGGUGGAGUUAUUUCAUUCUAAGAGAGGAUCCAAAAUUUUUUUGGUAUAAAAAGGGCGUUUUGGGCUUCGAAUGACAUUUUAGGUAGCAAAAGCAUUAUUUUGGAUUCAGAAUGCCAUUUUAAGUAACAAAAAUGUUAUUUUGAAGUCAUAUUGUCAUCAAGGCUUUAAAAACGGCGUUUUGAAGCAAUAAUGACAUUUUGGGUAAGAAAAGCAUCAUUUCAAGGUCAUAUUAUCCUCAUAGCUUCAAAAUAAGAUUUUAGGUAUGAAAAUGUCAUUUUGAACUAAAAAUUAAAUUUUAGUAAAAAUGCGAUAUUACAGUAAGAAUGACACUUUAGCUUAAAAAUUCUCUUUUAGCCUUUAAGUGGAAAAAAUACUUCUAGUUCAUAUCUCUUUGAUUUCAGAAGUCGAUAUGGAUGGAAACAACCUGCCAUCACGCUCUCUACUCAAUAAACGACGUCUUCACCUGCUAUUUCGAACAACUAGCCCCAACUCUGCUCAGUGUCUACUACCAACAACUGUAUGCUUGCAUCAUGAAUGGCAGUGGCAACCUAGCGCCGAAUGCAGUACAAUGCUUCGCAUCGUUAGUAUCGGAGAAUGGGCACAAGUUCUCGGAUCAAAUGUGGAACGAAACCAGCGACUUCAUCAUCAAAGUCUUCAAUGAAUCGCUGCCAGACUUUGAUCGAACCGAUCCAGCCCUGGUCGAAGCCGCCAACCCACAGCCUAGCGUGAAUCCGGACAGCACGAUGCCGAACGGCAUUCAACCGGUCAAAACCAUUAACAAUAUUGAGGAUGGUGGACCGAUUCAGUAGGUUUUUGGAAUUUUUUGAACAAGAACUUUCUUUCCAAAACUCAUUUUUCGAAACACCGCAAUAACUUUCUUUCCAAAACUCAUUUUUCAAAAAACCGCAAGAACUUUCUUUCCAAAACUCGUUUUUUUGAAAAACCGCAAUAACUUUCUUUCCAAAACGCAUUUUUCAGAAAAACACAAGAAUUUUCUUUCCAAAACUUUUUUUUUGCAAAAUUGCAAGAACUUUCUUUCCAAAACUCAUUUUUCAAAAAACCGCAAGAACUUUCUUUCCAAAACGCAUUUUUCGAAAAAUCGCAAUAACUUACUUUCCAUAACUUAUUUUUCGAAAAGCCGCAAGAACUUUCUUUCCAAAAUUUAAUUUUUUUUUUAAUUUUGUUAUUCCAGAAACGGGUACGACAUUGUGACGGAAAGUGCCACCAUCCAGAACUCCUCCCUCAUUCGCUGCCAUGUACAACUCGAACUAGUCAACUCAAUCAGCAACAUGUUAUUCGGUUCGGCCGCCUUUAAGGUGGAAGGACCGAUCAGGAAGACGGAGCCACAAACUCCGAAUGGGUCGAUUUCGAAUGGAAUCAUCGAUGAAUUCAGCGACUUUAGGGUGGGUUUGGCUUAUUUUUAAUGGGGGAGGGGAGGGGCGGGUUAAAAAUUUAUAUUUGGAAAUUUAUGACUUUUUUGGGGAUUUUUUGACAUUUUAUGGCAUUUAUGACAUUUUUUAUGAAAUUUAUGACAUUUUUUAUGAGACCCAUGACAUUUUUAGGGAGAAUACGCUCAUGUCCCAACAAAAGUCCUCCUGAGCAUCGUGGACGAAAUGAAGCGCUCCCACGACGUAGCCCGACUCUUCAAUACGGUCCAAAAGUACAGGAACAUCCUCUUCAAAGCCACCUUAAAGAUCAAAGACCUGAAGAACAAACCCAACAUGCUGAAGCUGGAAUCACACUCAAUUCACUGUGCUUUGAACGUGCUACACCGGCUGUACGCCGAUUGUCAGGAUAAGAGCGAGAUUCUGGACAUGAGGAAUCGACUGGUCGGGUAUGAUUUUUAAGUUUUUAAAAGAUUUAGAUGGAUGAGACUAAAAUGGCAAGAACUUUCUUUACAAAACAGAAAAUGGCAAGAACUUUCUUUACAAAGCAAAAAAUGGCAAAAACUUUCUAAAAAAAAACAAAAAAUGGCAAGAACUUUCUUUACAGAGCGAAAAAUGGCAAAAACUUCUUUUACAAAGCAGAAAAUUGCAAGAAUUUUUUUCCGUUACCCUAUAAUCAGGUAUUUUUAAUAAUACUUUCAAUUACAGUACCACCGAGGACGCGCUCCAAUACUACCUGGACCUCCACUCCGAACACCACCGUUCCAGCUGGCUCGCCGUUCUCCAAAUGCUCUUGAAUCGAACGGCGGCUCUAGACCAAGACAAACUCGACCUUCUGGGCAAAGAGUACCAACUGAAGCUGGUCGAACUGGUCGUCUCACCGGAACAGCCGAUCGUGAAAGAGGCACUGAAACGGGUCAUCGUACGCUUCCUUCAAUAG